GUAGUUUGCGUCAGUUCAAUCUCGUAUUGGACUGGUGAAAAAAAAGUGAACAGAAAGAAAGCCUAGGCAACUUUCAAUUUCUGUUUCGCAGCAAAUAUAUAGCCAGCAGGACAUUGUUCCUCUGCGAUUAACCUCAGUUGGUUUGGAGAGGAUUUGUGGAUGAGUCGUUUAUGCUAAUCAUCCUGUGAAAUCAUUUGACGAUGGAUUCCCCAAUGUGCCUGGUCGAAAACGCCGACGGCGAGCUUCAUGUAGUUCCCGGUGCCAUCAAGUACCUGAUGGGACUGAACCAGCAAGUCGUAGUGGUGGCGGUGGUCGGGCUGUACCGCACCGGCAAGUCCUACCUCAUGAACAAGCUGGCUGGAAAGAGACAAGGUUUUGCCCUUGGUGCCACCAUCCAAUCUAAGACUAAGGGAAUCUGGAUGUGGUGUGUGCCUCAUCCUGAAAAAAGAGACCACACCCUGGUGCUGCUGGAUACAGAGGGGCUGGGGGAUGUGGAGAAGGGAGAUUCUAAGAAUGAUGCCUGGAUCUUCUCCUUGGCCAUUCUGUUAAGCAGUACUCUGGUCUACAAUAGUAGAGGGACCAUUGACAAUCAAGCCGUGGAGAACCUCCAAUAUGUGAGUGAGCUGACAGAGCGGAUCAAGGUGAAUUCUUCCAGUGCAGCUUCAUCCUCUCACGAUGACGAGGAAGGAGGGGACGCCCAGUUUGUGCAGUUCUUUCCAAAUUUCGUGUGGACCAUCAGAGAUUUCACUCUACUACUCGAGAUCGAUGGUAGAAACGUCACUGAAGAUGAGUAUCUGGAGCAUUCCCUGGAACUCAGAAAAGGUGGGGGUAAAAAGAACCUGAUGUACAACCUCCCACGAGAGUGCAUCCGGAACUACUUCCCCUCGCGCAAGUGCUUUGUUUUCCCCACUCCUACAACUCCUGCCAACAUGCCCCAUCUGGAUUCCAUGGACGAGGCUGACCUCUGUGGAAGCUUCCGAAAGGUUGCAGAUACUUUCUGCCGCUUCAUUUUCCAGGAGAGCCGCACAAAAACUGUCAAAGGGGGACACAAAGUAACCGGGAGAAUGCUCGGCCACUUGGUUAAAACCUAUGUGGAGACCAUAGCCAAAGGCUCUGUGCCCUGUCUGGAGAAUGCGGUGCUGGCCAUGGCUCAAAUUGAGAACCAGGCUGCUGUGGAUGAGGGCCAGGCGGUAUACCAGAGCGGCAUGGAGGAGGUGAAGGCCUUAUUCCCUGUGGCCAUGGGUCAGAUUUCAGCUCAUCACCUCCGCUCAGACCACCAGGCCACGCAGGCUUUCAUGAAACGAUCCUUCAAAGACGAAAAUGGGGAUUUCUUGAAAGCGUUGGCGGUGGCCAUUGCAAAGCACUACGCUGACCUUCUCAUCCAGAACGAGGAUGCCUCAGAGAAGAAGUGUGCGGCUCUUCUGGAGAAGCUGUCUGUUCCGAUGGCCCAGAAGAUUAAGGAGGGGAUCUAUGCCACACCUGGAGGAUAUGAGCUUUACUGCAGUCACCAUGACAACAUGGUGGCACAGUACCGGGCCGAGCCUGAUAAAGGAGUUAGGGCUGAGGAGAUUCUUGAGCAGUUCCUGAGGGAGAAGAGUCUAGAGAAGAAUUCCAUCCUGCAAGCUGACAAAAAAUUGACCGAAAAUGAGAAAAAGAUCCACGAGGAGAAGGAGAGAUCAGCUGUGCUGGAGCAGGAGAAGAAGGCUGCUGAAGAGAAACGGUUGGAGAUGGAGCGCACCAUGGAGGACGAUCGCAGAAGCAAAGAUGAGAAGUUGAAGCAGAUGGAAGAGAAGAUGAAGGAGGAGAUGAAGCAACAGGAACGGGACUUCCACAGGGCCUUGGAGUGCAAGAUGCAGGAGCAGAAGGAUCUGCUGGAGAAGGGCCACAAGGAGAAGGCUGACUUAAUGAGACAGGAGAUAGAGGAGUUCAAGAAUAGCAACAAACCUGAGAAGGAAGGAGGUGGUUUCCUUGAGUCUACAGUCAUGCCUGUUCUUCGACUUGGAUUGGACGCUGCCAACACUUUCUUUCAAUAUAAGCUCAUGAGGGGAGCUUUUAUGAAGUAGAAACAUUGUGUAUUACUUGAGCAUGUACACAUUUGUUUGCUUUAUCUAUCAAUGUAAAGUGGAAAGUCAAGUUGAUAGCCAUGCUUAGUAUCAGUAUAAGCUUUAUAUGCAAGAGCAAUGUAUUAUGUUUCUCAUACAGUAUAUGUAUUUACAGGUUUUGGUGAAAUUAUCACUGUACUAGUAUAGCGCUUAAAUCUAGAGGCUUUAAUGAAAACAUUUCUAGACUAUAACUAAGACUUUUCUUUAAUCAUAAUAUACACUGAACAAAAAUAUAAACGCAACAAUUUCAAAGAUUUUACUGAAUUACAUAUAAGGAAAUCAAUCAACUGAAAUAAAUUCAUUAGCCCUAAUCUAUGGAUUUAACAUGACUGGGAAUGCAGAUAUGCAUCUAUUGGUCACAGAUACCUUAAAAAAAGCAGGGUGUAGACCAGAAAAACAGUCAGUAUCUGGUGUGACCACCAUUUUCCUCAUGCAGCACAACACAUCUUUGCAUAGAGUUGAUCAGUCCAUUGAUUGUGGAAUGUUGUCCCACUCCUCUUCAAUAGCUGUGUGAAGUUGCUGAAUGUUGGCAGGAACUGGAACACAAUGUCGAUCCAGAGCAUCCCAGAACUGGGACAUUUUCAACUUCCAAAAAUUGUGUUCAGAUCCUUGCGACACGGGGCCGUGCAUUAUCAUGCUCAAACAUGAGGUGAUGGCCGCGGAUGAAUUGUACGACAAUAGGCCUCAGGAUCUCGUCACAGUUUCUCUGUGCAUUCAACUUGCCAUCGAUAAAAUGCAAUUGUGUUUGUUGUCCGUUGCUUAUGCUGGCCCAAACCAUAACCCCACCGCCACCAUGGGGCACUCUGUUCACAACGUUGACAUCAGCAAGCCGCUCGCCAACACGACACCCUACAUGCUGUCUGCCAUCUGCCCUGUACAGUUGAAACUGUGAUUCAUCUGUGAAGAGCACACUUCUCCAGCAUGCCAGUGGUCAUCGAAGGUGGCCAAACUGCAGUCAGGUCAAGACCCUGUUGAGGACGACGAGCAUGCAGGUGAGCUUCCCUGAGACAGUUUGUGCAGAAAGUGGAUGUGGAGGUCCUGAGCUGGUGUGGUUAUAUGUGGUCUGCGGUUUUGAGGCCGGUGAGACAUACUGAAAUGAACAUUCAAUUCUCUGGCAACAGCUCUGGUGGACAUUCCUGCAAUAAGCAUGCCAAUUGCAUGCUCCCUCGACUUCAGACAUCUGUGGCAUUGUGUUGUGUGACAACUGCUCAUUUGAGUGGCCUUUUAUUGUUGCCAGCACAAGAUCAUGCUGUUUAAUCAGCUUUUUGAUAUGCCACACCUGUCAGGUGGAUGGAUUAUCUUGGCAAAGGAGAAAUGCUCACUAACAGGGAUGUAACAAAUUUGUACAAAAAAAUUGAGAGAAAUAAGAUUUUUAUGAGUAUGGAACAUUUCUGAGAUUUUAUUUCAGCUCGUGAAAUAUGGGACCAACACUUUACAUGUUGCGUUUCUAUUUUUGUUCAGUCUUGUUUUUAUGGUCUUAUAUUCUUUGAGAACGUUGUCUAUUGAAGGAAAAUAUGAAUCAUUUGGAUAUUGUCAUUUGAAGUUGUAUAUAAAAUGCAUAUCAGUUUAUAAAUAAAUUGUUUUGAAUCCA